GAAGAGACGACACGUUACUAAUCUCAAACUAAUUAUACAUACAAAUCAUGUCUGCUGAUCACACUAGAGAUCCAUGUCCUAUUGUCAUUCUUAACGAUUUCGGUGGUGCCUUUGCUAUGGGUGUCAUUGGUGGUUGUGUUUGGCACGGUAUCAAGGGUUUCAGAAACUCUCCAUACGGUGAACGUUUCCCGGGUGCUAUUUCUGCUAUCAAGGCCCGUGUACCAGUGGUUGGUGGUAACUUUGGUGUCUGGGGUGGUUUGUUCUCCACCUACGACUGUGCCGUGAAGGCUGUUAGAAAGCGUGAGGAUCCGCUCAACGCUAUCAUCGCAGGUUUCUUCACCGGUGGUUCCUUAGCAAUCAGAGGUGGAUGGAGACACACAAGAAACUCUGCCAUCACAUGUGCCUGUCUUCUUGGUGUGUUUGAAGGUGUUGGUAUGAUGUUCCAGAGAUACAUGGCAUGGCAAAACAAGCCAAUGGCUCCUCCUCUCCCGGAACAACAAGCUCCUCUUUCAGCUUAGACUCUGUUUGAACCACAGUUUGCCAAUGUCCUUUGUAUUAACGAUUACGUUCCACACGUCUAGUGUUUUGUCCUUUUUAUAUCAGUUUGCCUUUUUCUUUUGUAUGUGUGGGUGUG